AUGACGGCCGACAUUGCCAGAUCCCAGCAGAAUGCAUUUGCUCAGCCCUUUGCGCUCAGCGCCAGAUACGCGGCUGACCGUGGUGAUGCGCCCAAAGGCGAAGACGACUUUGUGCCGGAUCUCAACGUGCGCCUGAUCUGUCGUGACUGCAAGACGGAUCCGCCCAAUCUGGCGGAAGAGUUCGAGUCGGGCGACCUGGUAUGCGCCGACUGCGGGCUCGUCGUAGGCGAGAACAUCAUCGACACUCGAUCCGAAUGGCGUACGUUUGCCAACGAAGACGGUGACGACCCUUCGCGUGUGGGUGCGGCGAGCAAUCCGCUACUGGAUGGUAUCAACGAGCAGCUCGAAUCGCGCAUCGGAUACAGGGAUGGAGGCACAGGUGCGUCGAGGGAUCUUCAGAGGACCAUGAACCGUGCCACGGGUACGAGAGAUCGCAACAUGCUCGAUGCGUUCGAAGACAUCCAGCGCAAAUGCGACUCGAUCCAUCUGCCCAGAACAGUCUCGGACGUCGCCAAGCAGGCGUACCGCCGAGUGGAAGAGGAAAAGAUCCUUCGCGGAAAGAAGCCGGAUGCCAUCAUCGCCGCUGCCAUCUACGUAGCCUGCAAGAUGAACCACGUUCCGAGAACGUUCCCGGAGAUCUGCUCGCUGACGAGCGUCUCUAAGAAGCACAUUGGCCAAUGCUUCAAGGAGAUGCAGCAGGCGUUCGGUCUCAAUGCGACGGGCACUGGAUCGGUGGAUGGAUCUAGGGCGAGCGCCAACAACAGCGGUACGUCGACACCGGUCGGCAUUGGACCGACCGGAGCUGCAGACUUGGUUGGGCGUUACUGCAAUCAUUUGGGACUCGAGAUGCGCAUCACACGAUCCACCGAAGACAUCACAGCGCGCGUACGCGAAUUGGGCAUCUUGGCAGGUCGCAGUCCCAUCACGAUUGCUGCCGCCUGCAUCUACUUUUCGACGCUACUGUGGGGGGUGGACAAGGGAGCUAAGCGCAUCAGCCAGGCGGCUGGUGUGAGCGAUGUGACGAUCAAAAACUCGUUCAAGGAGCUUCUCAAGCACAAGGACAAGAUCGCCACGCCCGAGAUCCUGUCAAAGAGUCCUCAGAUGGAUAUCUCACGUCUGGAUGUUUGA